UGCCGCCACGCACCGGGGGCCGCCCGGGGGUCCCGGCUCCGGGGCCUCCUCGCCAGCGGCGAGUGCGCGGCGCCGGCCCGGCCGAGAGGCGUCGUCGGCGCGACUGGAUCGCUCCUUGCCGCGGCGGCUGCCAAGGGACCGUCGCCGUCUCGUCGCCUCAGCGUCGCUGUCUGGGCCCAGCCCGCGCUGCCGCCCGCCUUACCUUCCGUCCCUGUUCGGGCCUGCGGGAUGUUCAUUUUAAAGAUUCUGUGAAGAUGAAAAGGGAUCUCUUAUGGCUUUAUGAAAUAUAGAGCAAUACUGUCUGACAUGACGGCAAAAAAUGUUGGUGUGACAUCCACAAAUGGAGACUUGAAAGGAUUUAUAGAUCAGAACCAGAGUCCAACAAAAGGUAAUAUUUCAGUAAUCACAUUGCCAGUUUCCAGCACCAACUCUCCCACUAAGAUUUUGCCAAAAACCUUGGGACCAAUCAAUGUGAAUGUUGGACCCCAAAUGAUCAUAAGCACCCCCCAAAGACUGGCCAGCUCAGGGAGUGUUCUGAUCGGGAGUCCGUACACCCCAGCUCCAACCAUGGUCACACAGACACACAUCACAGAGGCGUCUGCCUGGGGCCCAGGGGAGCGAAAACGGACUCAAGAAAUUAUAGAGUCAGAUUUUUCAGAAAGUAAGAGAAGCAAGAAAGGAGAUAAAAAUGGGAAGGGUCUGAGGCAUUUUUCAAUGAAAGUUUGUGAAAAAGUUCAACGUAAAGGAACAACUUCAUACAAUGAAGUCGCUGACGAGCUGGUAUCAGAAUUCACAAAUUCUAACAGCCACCUAGCAACAGAUUCACAGGCUUAUGAUCAGAAGAACAUUAGACGGAGAGUUUACGAUGCGCUCAACGUCCUGAUGGCAAUGAACAUCAUUUCAAAGGAGAAGAAGGAAAUCCGAUGGAUUGGCCUUCCCACAAACUCAGCUCAGGAAUGUCAGAAUCUGGAGAUAGAAAAGCAGAAGCGGAUUGAAAGGAUAAAACAGAAGCGAGCCCAACUGCAAGAACUGCUACUGCAGCAAAUAGCAUUUAAAAACUUGGUACAAAGAAAUCAGCAAAAUGAACAGCAGAAUCAAGGCCCUCCAUCUUUGACCUCCACAAUACAGCUGCCUUUCUUAAUAGUCAACACUAGCAAAAGAACAAUUAUAGACUGCAGCAUAUCAAGUGAUAAAUUUGAAUACCUCUUUAAUUUCGAUAAUACUUUUGAGAUCCAUGAUGACAGUGAGGUGCUGAAGAGAAUGGGAAUGUCCUUUGGGCUCGAAGCAGGCAAAUGCUCAGCUGAGGACCUGAGAACUGCAAAAUCACUGGUGCCAAAAGCUUUGGAAGGCUACAUCACAGAUAUGUCUGCGGGAUUUUCAUGGGUAAACCAAGGGUUAAUUUCAAGUUCAGCACAAGCAGUUUCCCAUUUUGAGGCAGCUGGAAGCACAUAUGAUGCUAAAUCAAGUGAGAAGGCAGGGUUGUGUGUGGAUGCUGAAGUGGCCUUAGCAACGGGGCAGCUGCUUGCCCCCAGCAGUCAGCAGUCCAGCAGUGCCGCGUCCCGGGGCGAGACGCCCUGCUCCUUCAACGAGGAGGACGAAGAGGAUGAAGAUGAGGAUUCUUCCUCCCCAGAAUGAGGACAGGAGAAAAUGGAAUAUACAAAAUGCUGCUCAAAUAUUCUUAAUGGGAGUUCCUGUUUGGAUUUUACUGGUUUCUUGCCUUGGUUUGCACUGUGUUUGGUGAACCAAAAUGGAAGCUUCAAAACAAGUUUAUCCAUAGCUGAAAUUGAAGAAUUGUGUAACUGAACACAGAGUGACGUGCAGAGACAGAGCAAAGUGGGUUUUAUAAACUAUAAAUGAGGAAAAGAACAAAGUCCCUGGAGAUCUGGCAAAGUAAACCUUAAGAUCAUCUUUUCCAUUUUGGGACUCGAGUAUCUGUCUUCCCCUUGUCUUUUUCAGAUGGAGGAGAAAACAGUCAGUCAGUAAAAGCUGAUUCUUGUAUUGUCUUUUGGCUGUUCUGCCUUUAGAAAAAGGGGGAGAGAGCACACACAAAUGUGCUAAAAUCAUAAUUUAAAACUAUCUUGUAUGAAAGUGGUUAUAGGGAAAAGGGACUGUUAAAAUGUUUGCUUUUUUUCUGUUCAACUUGCUGUAUAGAAGAUUCUUAAAGUAAUAUAAAUUGCAAGUGAUUAAAUGAAUCUUGAAAUAGUUUAUAUCCAUUUUAGAUACUCUAAAAGUAACAGGAAGCAUUAGUAUAAAAGGUUCAUAUGUUCAUUUAUAUUGCAGGCCUAAUUUAUUUUAAGUGAUUAUUCUUAGCCAUUAUUAAAACAGUCAGGAAAAAAAACAGUAUUCUCUGCACCAGCUUUUUUCAAGGAAAAUAAGUAAAAAAAUUGUGUUUCUAGAUUACAGCGUAUUCAGUGUAGUUUCUCCUUUAUUGUUCUAACUUUAUAUAAUCCCUUUGAAAUUAGAGCAUGUCUUGUUUUUUUAAAAAAGGCCUCCCACUAUGUUAAGGAUCUCAGGCAAUGUGUUUUCAAGGCAGUCUUUUCAAAUUUGAGGUGGGCAGGUCACAUAACUUUUAAAAUCAUAGGCUGAGGUUCUUAGGGAAAAAAAUUAAAUUUCAACAAUACAUUGUUUCAUGUUUUGCAUUCUGACAGACUUUCUUAUCGGUAACUUCAGUUGCACUCACCUUGAUGCACCUUUGAAAGUUGUGUCAAACCAUGUAAAAUACUCUGUGGCUCAAGUUACCCAGCACAUAUCCCAUGUGAACUGUUAAACUCAGACUUGCAGCAGGAGGCUGUGUUUUCCAUAGCUAACAUCACAUCCAAUCAUAAAGACCUUUUAAAAAACCCCCAAAACCUUGAAUAUCAAUGUAAAAUACACUGUAAAUGUGCUCUUCCCAUGGUGUUCCAGUGGCCAGGACUUUGCCCAGCUCUAAGGUAACUGUUGUUCAUGAGGUCAAUCUUGCCAGUUUUCCCAGUGCCUGCAGGGGCUGCCCCAUGUCCCAGCAGUCUGGGGCAGCUGUCCUGGCUCUGUUCUGCUCUGGGGGUGGGUGAGGUCCCUUGUGCUGCUGCUCACUGAGCAAUGGCAGCCGCUGCCCUGGGCUGCUGCAGCAUCGCUCUCACAGCCUGGGCUGUGUCCCCAGCAUCUUCUACAGCCAAACCUGCACUCACUCCAAAAGCACCAAGCCUGAGCUACAGAGACAAAAUGAGGCCCCAGCCCAAGAGCUGCCUGGCUGUGUGCAGGAGUUAGCCCAGGGCUGUCAGCCACAGGUGAAACUGUGAGGCAUAGACAAACACCGCCCACACGUUUCCAUUACAAACAGAAGCAUCCAGAUAGGAACUUCUCACAGACAGUUCAAACUCCUGCACCUGAGGAGUGCCUGAGGGCAGCACCAGUGCUAGCCAUGGCUUUGGACUGAGCUGUUUUACAAAUGAAUAGCAAAUGCACAAACUGAAAUGCCUGCUAUGGUACUCACCCUCGGGGCAAGACUGCCCAGCCCAUCCUGUGCUCGUGGCUCACAGGCAGCAGCAGACCGAGGGCUUCUCACCCCCUCACUUCCACCCAAUCUGUAACACUACCUCCAUACCAGAAGAGCUUUACAGACACAAAAAAGUAUUCCUGCUGAGAGAGUCAGUGCAUUGAGCCAAGUGGCUCAGGUACUUCACACCUACUAGUAUGGGAUUGUCAGCUUCAUGAUUGACAUUUCAUUUAAACAGAGCAUCACUUUCAUUGUUAAAAAACCCAUUGCUUUUUCAAAACUGCCCUGUCGGUAAGCUUUCAUUGGAAAGGACAUAUCAAAGGUAACUUACAUAUGCAUGAGCCUAAGGAAUUCUUUACAGGGAAAUAUCUUCCAGAGUAGUUGUACCACCCUCUCCCCAGCAAUACAUGAGGGACACAUUUUACUUUACACUUUCUUCACAUUUCCCACUCAAGAUUGAUGUAAAAAGAAAAAACAGCAAAACACUAAGCAGUUCCUGAAGAGCAGCACUUUGAACUAUAAGAACCUGGCAAAAAAAAAGGCUUCCAGCCCAGAAAUGGAAUGUAUUUUAUUAGCAGCCAGUCUGCUUUACAGGGGGAGGAAGAUCUUCAGUGACACCUUUCCUCCACUGAUGUCUGUGCCCUUCAGAGCUGCAGCCUGCACAGCUGCUUGCUUUCUGGCAAACAUCAAACUAUCACAUUUAAAGAUAAAAAAUAUGGGCACACAUAACAUUUAUUAGACAGUUGAACCAAGCCUUCAAAAGUUAUUUUUCCUGGACUAGUUGAAUACAAAGGACAAAACAAGUUAGAACAUUUAGAAGAGACUUCAAAAGUAAAUUCUUUCCUUGGGCUUCUUUGUACCAGUUGAGGAUGAAGUUCAACUGAAGCACUGCAGUCUUGUGGCCACACUAAAGUCUGGGAACUAGGAGAAUUUGGGACCUGAUCCAGCCACAGUCACCUGGGUAUGAUCUCAGGCAAACUUUUCAAUCAUUCCUGGUGAUCUUGGCUGCCAUAGUUAAAAAAGACACAAAAACCACAAACCAAAACAGGUAAAUGCAAGACCUCACCAAAGGCAGCUGCUGCAAUUGUGAGUACCAAGGGGCUUGAGAAUAUUAACAAACCACAGAGCUCUCACUGAGCUCAUGGCAGCGCUGCAACACACAGGCCCUGCCUCCUGCUGAGAGCCAGCAAACACUUUCCACAAUAAAAUGGUCCUGAGCAAGCCUGGUUUUCCCAUUUUCUAUUCAGUUCCACCAUCAUCUCCUGUCUCAUGCAAUACCCCUGACAUUCAUUGACAGGAAUCAAGCAGCAACUGGUACUAGGUUGUACUUCAUAUGAGAAAAAGUUAGCACUUAGAUUUUCAUUAUUAAAAUUUAUUUCAUUAUUCAAAUUUUCAUUAUCAAAUUUAUAUUUAAGGUAAAUUUAAGUGAUGUUUUUGUGUCUUGGAACACUCUCUAUUGGUUAUGCAUUCAGGAGGCACUUGACUGCAAGCAAUAUAGUGCUGUAUGUAAAUGCCUUUAUAGCUAUUGUGCACUAAACUUUAUUUCUGGACUAACUUCGUGGUGCUUGAAAAAUCUAAAUUUGAUUUAGAAAAACUUCUCAGCUCCACUACCUAGAUGAAAAACUAUGAGUGGGAGACAGCAUUUUUCCAUUAUGUGGAAAUAUAACAAAAUAUUUGUGGAUUUUGGUAUUUAAAAUUGUAUUAAAGUGCACCAAUUUUCACAUUUCCACACUGGAAUUAAUGCCAACUUAAUCUCAGAAAGGGUGUGUCUCUAGCAAAUAAGACCAGUUCAGCUGAAGGUAUGACUUCAACUAACACCAUAAACCCAGUAAAAGCCCUGUUGUAGGUGUUUCCAUUUUGGUUAGGGGGUUUUAAUUUUUAAACCACAGCUUGCAAAUACCCCUAAAUCCUUUUGAGUAGCUAGAAAUUGCUGAGGUUACAGAAUUCCCACAGAAGGGCUUCUGCUGAUCAACUAUGUCAGCCUGAAGUAAAUUAUGUAAAAAGGCCUAAUAACCAAAUUUUAAUCCUUUUGUUUUUUUAAAGAAAAAUGAGGCCUUCAUGUUCACACAUGAAAUGAUGCUUGAAUUUACAAUUCCACAGUUAAGGUUUAAAAUUUCAAGUGCUCUUUUUUUUUACCAAAUCCACUAUUUUAAUUCAAGAGUAUGGCUGAAACUUAACCACAUUUGAACUCUGGGCAAUACUCCUUUUUGUAGUUAACUGGACCUUUUCAGCUGAAAAUAAUCAGGCAGCUGAUGGUAAAGACUUUCCCUUCAGCAAGUUAAAGAUGUUUGGGGUUUGGAUUCAUUUAAAACCAAAGCCAGCACCACAGGGUAUGGUGUAGAGAAAACAAACCAAAGCAAGCUAUCUUCCUGCCUGACCCACCUCAUUUAUAUCUUUUCAUUCCAGGAAUCUCUCAUGGGCAUCAUUACAUUAAAUAACCAGAUGUAAUGGGCUGGGGAAAGACUAUGUGUGCUUUUUUAAUUUGUGAUUUAAAAAAUUCUGGUAGUAGCCAUACUUUGAGGUGACAGCCUUCUGCUGCACUGGGUCCCUGAGGCUGCAGGUGUCUCAGGUGCCUCUUGCAGCAUCGGUGAUGAACAGGGGAGGGAGAAGCCAAGGACCCAUUUAUGGAGGUUUGUUGUUUAAAAUGUGCCACUGCUUGAAUCCUGGCCUCUGUCUGCAAGCAAUGCACCAAUGAAUCAUUUGUGAUGUUGAGGACAUCACACACCUACCUGAGCACAUGAAAAACUCUAAAUACCUAAUUUUCUGCUGGCAGGUGUUCACACAACCCAAUCCUGAUACCAUAAAACAUCACGAAACUCAGUCCUUAGACUUAACAGAGUUCCCAAAUCAGAUUAUCUCUUUCCUGUUUAACUGUUAGGAUUUUGUCUGGUGAGUAUUUUUAAGAGGCUAUAACUCUCCUCUCCCCAGUCCAGGUAUAUUGCCAAAAACCACCCAUAAGCAAUGUUACUCCCAUUAGUUCAUUCCCUCUGCCAAGGAUUAUUGUCCUUGCAAGUCACUGCAGAGCUGUGUGUGCCAGAGCCCCUCAGCUCCUUCAGUGGGAGUGCCUGAGGGGGCAUCCCUGGCUCCCUCCCCAGCUGGCACUGAAGGGAGGGGAGGGAAUGCUCAGCACACACAGCAGCGUGCCAGGAACAGCUGCAAGGGCUGCUCAUCACAGCUGUACAGUCACUCUCCACCUUUGAUACACCUACCCUGUCUGCCCACCCACAGAUCAGACAAAACCAAAAUGUUCUCUUUUCUGCUUCCAGAUUUUUGAGAAUACUGAAGAAUCCAACAUUUAGGAUAUCCACCUAAACUGCAGGCCACCAAAAAUCCUUGCUCAAAAUUGGUCAGAAGUAACAUCUGAGAUCUAACCAUCCAAAUCCCAAGGGAAAGCCUCCUAGUUAGGACCAAUAUGGAGCAAAUAAAUACUUUUGCAUUUAUCUAAGAAGAAAAGCAGACUGACUGGUAGAGUUCAGUAUCUGUAACAAAGCCAUUAUAAUUCCAAGCAGACACAGGAACAUCCCAGAAGCACAAACUUGCAUCUCUAUGAUUAUUAGUCUUCUGUAUUGGCUAGAAAAGUGCAAUCACUUAAAUCUGAUUUCUCUAAAUGCCAUUCUUAAGCACUCAACAUUCUCCAGGCAUGGGUACUUUAGAAAUAUGGCCAGCAUGGGAUAGCAGGAUACAGCAAUGUCAAAUUUAAAGCCAGUUGUAGCUGCAAAUCAAACUCAUCUAUGCAGAAACUUUCCAAGACAAAUUGAGUUGGCUUUAGCCCAUUCUCCUCUCCAUGGGUGAAACACUUGUCCCUCACACUGCCUGGUUCCUGUGCUGCCCAUGCUGCCCACCCACACCAGCCAGGCAGCCAGAGAGGGAAGGACAUCACAUAUCCACAGCCCUUCCUGCUGACAUUUUCAGGUCACACACAACUAUUCUGAGUGCCCACAAAAGUUAAAACUAUCAGAAAAUGUAAAGUCCACAGAACCAGUCUCCAGGCUUUUUGAUGGGUUUGUUACAUUGCUAUCGUAAUUGCUUUAACAAUUCGUAGAUUUGGUCAUACUGAUGCAGGGAUGAAGUGGAUCUCCCGUAAUUUCCCCAGGAAAACACCAGCUGAAUCACAACCCAUCAUACGAGUUUCUGAAACAUUCCCUUGUCCCAAAGGCCAUGAGAAAUCCUUCAGAGAAGCAUAGGCAAGUGUUAUGACACUGUAUCUCCCAAGCACCUACUGUAAAACAAAUGAAUCCUGCUUUGAACAAGCCUGUGAGAAGCAGGAUGUGAGCCUGCCCUCGUUCCUCAGGCCCUGACUGCACAGCAUGCCCUGGCACCAAGGCACAAGCUUUGUGUUUGCACAUCUUACUGAGCAUCAGGAGAAACUGGCCAGCACCCACAGGCAGAGUUUUACAGCAGGACUUGUUGCUGCACCUGGGGCACGACCUGGCAGUGGAUGAGUCCUUGGCAAGGAGCAUUGCUGCUGAAUUCUGAACGCUCAUGUGCCAUCAGCCCGUGUUCUGAAGGUGCUACAACAUGCAGCAAGGGGCAGACAAGGCAGGUCUGGCCCUCCUCCCCACCCUUACAGUAGCACUUUUUAAUGUCCACUAUAUUCUACAUGGAAGUAAUUGUAGAGACACUUCCUUUUUAUAUUUAAAAUGCAGAAACCACUUGAAAGUCUAUUCACUUUUAAAUUAAACUUUUUUUUAAGAACAAGGCCAGUCAUGGACAAAGCUGUUUAAUGACCUCCAAUGCUGAACUGAAAGCAGGGUUUUGUAAACAUGGUGGGUGGGAAGAGACAAAUCCAAUUACAAGCAUGCUAAUUAUAUGGGAUUUGAAGUUUUAAUUAAUUUUUUUAAUCUACUCAUCUUGCUCUCCCAAGAUGUGUAUUGGCACAAAGGGUCACACAAACACUUUGGUGGAAAAAUUUUCUCCCAUUUCUUGUGCUAAGCUCUUGUAUCUUCAGGAAAGCUCAAGUUUCCCUUUCAUCUUCAUUUGCUGCAUAUUUUUGAAUUCUUCACAGAUUUCCCUCUUUCCAAAUACCUAUAAAUUAUAAACUAAAGUUUUAUUUUUGCAGAAAGUCUGCUAUUAAGCUAUGCUGAUUUUUUUGUCAUGAACAAAUAGUGUUAAUUUCCACUACCACAUUGUACGUGGCUAGGAGUAGUGUAAACAAAUGUGGUAGUAUUUUAUGUGCUUUAAACACUGACAAAGAUAUAAAGAAAAGUGCAUAUACAAAGUUUUACUUUCCUAAUAGGAACACUGGCAUUAGCAAAUAGUAUAUUUGAACCAAUAGGAAAUAUUACUUUGUAGUAGCAAACACUUUGUAAAUAAAUACUUGUUAUUUUUUUAAUGGAAAUUUUAUAGAAGCUUUUUCUGUAUACUCAAUUGAUCCCAUGUUUACUGAAAAUGCUGCAAGUGGGAAUUGUACAUUGUAAAUGGGGGUGGGGAGCAGACAGUCAGGCUGAGGUGAAAGCUGUGUAUGCUUUGGAGAAGAACAACCAGUUUUCUGUGAACUGAAAUGUAAACCUUAACUGUAGAAGAACUGAAUAAAAGAAUUUCAAGGCAA